GAUGAGCCCGUUCACUGCCAACACCGAAUUUGUUCCUAAACCAUUCAAAAAUAUAUUUCUAACUAACAAGUAUCACUAAAAAUGAAAGCAUUUACUAGUUAUAAUUUACACGAAUCAACGAAUGAAGGUUCAAAGGUUAAAAUUCGCUGGAAAUCAAAAUCGUUUAAAUCGAAAGUAGAAAUUGUCAAGAAUUGAAGUGGUAGUAAAAAGUUACAAUCGCUGAAAACGAAAAUUGCGCAUAAUUUCAAGACGUUUGAAAAUGGGUAAUCAGGACUUGUACGAAAUGCACGGCGGUCGCGUCGUCGCCAUGGCGUCGAUGAUGAACUCAACUACAAGCAUUGCCCAAGGAAUCUACGAGUAUUAUCUGUGGACAUUGACUUUUGCAGAUACCAGAACAGCAGGAUGGCCUCUAGUCGAUUCACCAGCGCCGACAGUAGUUUAUACACUAAUUUAUUUGUUUAUCGUGUGGAUUGGGCCAAAAAUGAUGGCAAAGCGAAAAGCUUUUCGUCUAAAAUGGCUCCUGAUUCCGUACAAUCUCUGUAUGGCGGCGCUCAAUUAUUACAUUGCCGUUCAGCUGUUGACUGCCUCGUUCCGACUGCGAUACAGCUACAUCUGUGAACCAUGUCGACAAAAAUAUACGCCUGACGAAUUACAAAUCACAAAUGCCGUGUGGUGGUACUACUUUUCGAAACUUUUGGAGUUCUGCGACACGUUUUUCUUUAUCCUACGUAAAAAGGAUCAACAAUUGACUUUCCUCCACGUGUAUCACCAUGCCACCAUGUUUUCCUUCUGGUGGAUCGGUAUUAAAUGGGUACCAAGUGGUUCAACAUUCUUGCCAGCGAUGGUCAACUCAGCGAUCCACGUCCUAAUGUAUUCUUAUUAUGGUCUCGCCGCGCUCGGUCCCCGGGUCGCUCAAUACCUGUGGUGGAAAAAAUACCUGACCAUCUUACAAUUGAUUCAAUUUACCUGUGCCUUAUUACUCGGCGUUAACGGCCUGCGCACUGGCUGCGAAUUUCCGCUGUGGAUGCACUACACGCUCAUCGUUUACAUGCUGUCGUUCAUUGUACUUUUCGGCAAUUUCUAUGUCAAAGAGUACAUGGAAAAGGGCAACAAAAUAUUCUACGGUAAUUCUUCAAUCAAUCUUACCGGUUGUGGUCAGGGCACAAUGAUGUACAACGAGCCAAGCACAAGCAAGAGCAAGAAAUUGCAAUAAAGUCAUCCAACGAUUACCGAAGUCUCCGCAAAUCAAAAAUACGUUCAACGAUUUUCCGUAGUGCUUACAGCUAGAAACUUACUUAUUGCCUAGCCAAAUACGAUUCUUUCAAAGAGCUGAAGCAAACAUUAACACUUAAUGCAUUACCGAUAAAGGGAGAUACUGACUUUUUAUUAUUAUACGUAUUAAAUAAUUCUAUAGGACGGUAGAUGUUUUACAAUGUAGUCAAUCUGUUAAGUUUUAUGUUGUGUUUUGUAAGUGAAUUGUUUUUAAUGUUAAUUUUCCGACGGUUUGGUAUACGCGAAAUGUAACUGAUAAGAAAAACGUAAUCAAUCAUGUUCUUCCCGAAAAAGUUCAAUUAUUUAGCGAAGUAGAAUAAUAAACUUUAGACUUUUAGAGUAUUUAAGACGACUGGAAUUGUCAAAUUAUUAAAAUGUAGAAACUAUGAAAUAUUAAUAUGAAGAGAGUUUAUGACACAGAAAAUAAAUUAAUUAUUGAAGAA